GACUGUCUGCAUAGUUCUGUGACCAUCACAUGCCCUGUUACAAUGAGGAGCAUUAAGCAGACCUUGAAAAUGAGGAACACCAGUGAAUCUGGGAUUAGCUCAAGCUGCCUGCCAGAAAUGGGGAGCAGCGCGAAUUCCACCACCUCCUUGCCACUGGAGAAUUCAGAAAGCAGAACGUGUCGAGCUGUGUAUGAUUACCACGCAGAAAGAGAGGACGAGCUUUGCUUAAGUAAAGGUGAUGUAAUUGUAAUUCAUCACAAAGACCAGAGUGGCUGGUGGUACGGUUCUAGAAAGGGGGAAAAAGGCAAUUUUCCUGCUACAUAUGUGGAAGAAGUCACUCUCUCGACUGGCAGGAGAGACGGAGAACCUUCUCUUUAAAACAAAAGGAAAAAAUAAUCACCCCAACAUGCAUAACAAAUCCAACAGACGUGUUUCUAUGCUUGUAAUAGAAGCCAAAGAAUUAUUUUCUUUAUUUAUAAGAAGCUCUGAAACGGAUAUUUGAUGAAUUAGCAUUGUAACAAAACAAUUAGAGACAACUUACAUUGAAUCUCUUUGAAAUGAUACUAACUCUUAAAUUAUCACGUUAACCAGUCAUUUAAUGAAUUGUUGGGAGAUCUUUGUGGCAUAAUGAAAGGGAAACUGACAUUUAUUUCUGAAGUGCAAGAGGAAGUCAAUUUACUAUAGACUAUUCAUAAAUGGAAUUGGCACCAUGUAAUCAAAUUCCACACCAUGUUUUUCCCCCCAGAUUCAUAAGACUUUAGAAGAACGUGAAGAUAAUAAAAUUCCCUAUAUUGCAAGGCUGAGCAAACCAGGAAUUUGUUCUGCCAGAAGAUACAAAGACUUCAAUUUUUGAAAUAUAUCCCCUUGAGGGGAUCCUAGGAUUAUUGUUCUGUUGCAUAGUGAGGUAGGACAAUCAUCCAACAGAUGACCAGUUACUAUUUACUAAUUUUAUUAGGAUAGUUAUGUUAUGUUUGAAACCUAUUCUUCUUUCAAGAGUUAUGUGCAACACACCUGGUCCCCCCCCCCCACACCUACUUUAUUCUUAUAACCACCAUCUAAGGCCCAGGUUACAUUAAAAAAGUACCUCAAAAUAAGAAUGAAGAUCUGGGCUAAGUUUUCACAGUCAUUGUCCAAAGCCCUCAAGUUGUUACAAGACUUUUUAUUCUUCCCAAGUAGG